ACGGUGCGUCUGAUCACGUGCACGUGACGCUGCGCGAGAAGCUGGUCGUUUUUAUUUUGUCAGCGCCGCCAUUAAAUCCGCAUCCAAAUCAACAUUCAGAGAUUAGAAACAGUAUUCAUCGACAUAAAAACGCCGUUCAAAGACUGAUAUAAAGCCUGGAGAUUAAACGACACAAUGGAGGUCGAAUAACAACGAUAAAGACAGACUGAGGUGAUUUAAGUCUCUUUCAUGAGGAGCUGCGCGCGGAGCGAUAUUGCUGUCUCCGUGUCAAUGUGUGAGCCUGAUGUAAGUGUGUGUUGUUGAGUGUGUGUGUGUGUGAGUGUGUGUGCUGGUCCAUCAUGACAGAGCUGUGUGUGAAGUGGUCGUGUGAGUACUGCACGUAUGAAAACUGGCCGACUGCUAUUAAGUGCACCAUGUGCCGAGCGCAGCGGCCCAGCGGAACCAUCAUAACAGAGGAACUGUUCCCGAGCGGCGCCGGACACCGGUGUGACCCCGUGUGCAACGACAGCCUGCUCAUCUGCCCUGAUUCCAGCGCCCGGCCCCGCGUCCGCCCGGCCGAGUCCUCCGAGCACAGUGGCAAAUGGUCGUGUCAGGUGUGCACUUACCUGAACUGGCCCAGAGCGAUCCGCUGCACCCAGUGCCGCAGUGUCCGGCAGCGCAUCUACAGCCCCACAGAAACCCCGCAGACGUCCGGAACCGGCCCUCCAGCGGAUCCGUGUGAGGAAUACAACGACCGGAACCGACUCCACACACGAGCGCAGUGCUGGACCUGCUCGGUCUGCUCAUAUGAGAACUGGCCCAAAUCCUCUCGCUGCGUGGUGUGUGACCACCCUAGACCCAACGACGCCUUCCAGCCGCGCGAGCCUGACGAGCCCUCAUCCGUGAUUAACGAGCGGGACCGCGGCCGAGCACGGGGCGUGUGCAGCGGGGCGCAGCGGCUCUCACCUGCCUCCUCUAAACGUGAGGCGGAGCUGCAGAUCGAGCUGGCCGCUGGAGCUCAGAGCGGAAACGAGGAGAUCGAGGUGGACUUCAAGAAGCUCAAACAGAUCAAGAACCGCAUGAGGAAGACAGACUGGCUGUUUCUCAACGCCUGCGCUGGUGUAGUCGAAGGCGAUCUGUCUGUGGUGGAGGCCUACAAGUCCUCAGGAGGAGACAUCGCGCAUAUUGAAGAUCUGCCUCCUGCCGUUCAGGAGAAGCUCUUUGAUGAAAUCCUCGACCGCGAUGUUCAGAAGGAACUGGAGGAGGAGUCUGCAGUCAUUAACUGGUCUCUGGAGCUGGGCACACGUCUGGACAGCCGUCUGUACGCUCUGUGGAACCGCACCGCUGGAGACUGUCUGCUGGACUCCGUUCUACAGGCCACAUGGGGCAUCUAUGAUAAAGACUCUGUGCUGAGAAAAGCUCUCCAUGACUGUUUACACGACUGCUCUCACUGGUUCUACUCACGCUGGAAGGAGUGGGAAUCGUGGUAUUCUCAGAGUUUUGGGCUUCAUUUCUCUCUGAGAGAAGAACAGUGGCAGGAGGACUGGGCCUUCAUCCUCAACCUCGCCAGUCAGCCCGGGGCGAGUUUGGAGCAGACUCAUAUAUUUGUUCUUGCUCAUAUCCUGCGGCGGCCCAUCAUCGUUUACGGAGUGAAGUAUUACAAGAGUUUUCGUGGGGAAACUUUAGGCUACACUCGAUUUCAAGGUGUUUACCUGCCGUUGCUAUGGGAACAGAGCUUCUGCUGGAAAAGUCCCAUCGCUCUCGGUUACACGAGAGGUCACUUCUCUGCUCUGGUUGGCAUGGAAACCGACGGCUACGAUAAUCGCGGCGCAGGCGCCAACCUCAACACUGACGAUGACAUCACCGUGACCUUCCUGCCGCUGGUGGACAGUGAGAGGAAGCUACUGCAGAUCCACUUCCUGUUCUACUCACGCUGGAAGGAGUGGGAAUCGUGGUAUUCUCAGAGUUUUGGGCUUCAUUUCUCUCUGAGAGAAGAACAGUGGCAGGAGGACUGGGCCUUCAUCCUCAGCCUUGCCAGUCAGCCCGGGGCGAGUUUGGAGCAGACUCAUAUAUUUGUUCUUGCUCAUAUCCUGCGGCGGCCCAUCAUCGUUUACGGAGUGAAGUAUUACAAGAGUUUUCGUGGGGAAACUUUAGGCUACACUCGAUUUCAAGGUGUUUACCUGCCGUUGCUAUGGGAACAGAGCUUCUGCUGGAAAAGUCCCAUCGCUCUCGGUUACACGAGAGGUCACUUCUCUGCUCUGGUUGGCAUGGAAACCGACGGCUACGAUAAUCGCGGCGCAGGUGCCAACCUCAACACUGACGAUGACAUCACCGUGACCUUCCUGCCGCUGGUGGACAGUGAGAGGAAGCUACUGCAGAUCCACUUCCUGUCAGCACAAGAGAUGGGCAGCGAGGAGCAGCAGGAGCGUCUGCUCAGGGAUUGGCUGGACUGCUGCGUGACAGACGGCGGGAUGCUAGCGGCGCUUCAGAAGAGCAGCAGACGCAGACAUCACCCGCUCAUCACGCAGAUGCUGGAGAAGUGGCUGGAUGGGUACCGGCAGAUGCACCCGUGUCCCACGCUCUCCGACGGCGAGGAUGAGGAGGACGACGAAGACGAGUGACCCCCUGAAACCAUUUCAGCACUGUUCCACACACGCCCUCUUUCCCAGAAUGCAAUGCGACCACCCCCAACAACAGCGAGGGCUGAAAAUCUUUGUUUAGUCGAAUUAAUUUUGUUUUUUUGAAUUUCUCUCCAGCAAAACUGUACGUUUGUAUCCACCGUAUGUAAUCGUGCUGCAUGUGGCUCUUUAAACAUGGAAUGAUGAGAAUAAAAGUGUAUUAAACGAGCACUUCCACAAAGCACAUGUUCUUUAGAGGAUUUGAAUCUGAUCGCAGGAAUCAGAGUUUAUGAUUUAACUCGCACUAAACGAUUCAGUAUGAAGACGUGCACAUUUCUCACCUGUGUUUGUGUUUCCUUCUGUUCUUUCUCUCGCUCUGUUGUUGAUUUGAUUGUAUUUAUUUAUGUCUUUCCUCUCUCUCUCUCUCUCUGGAUACCGAGCCUCGUGUUAACAGACAGCAGACUCGUACUGUGAGGAGAGUCAUGAAGAGUUUACUGACAUGUUGAACCUGUGAUCCUGUACCUCAUUUGUGAUGUCAGGUGAUUCUGAACAAGAGGAGAGUGAAUCACACGGCUUGAACAUUAAACUAGAAACACAUCUGCUCUCUCA